AUGUAUGGUGUGAAUGUGGCCCUUCGGUCCCGAGUUCGAAUCCAAGAAAUGUUUUCCGUGGAUCUGGGCGAAGACUGUGAAAAUCUUGUCCUUCGCUUCAACCCACGCUUUGACAACCAGUAUGACGCAGCCACCAUCUUCUGCAUGUCCAAACGAUAUGGGGUGUGGGGGAAAGAAGAGAGGAUAACAGACUUCCCCUUUGAGAAAGGUGGCAAAUUUAAGCUUUCCUUCACUCUUUUCCCUUAUGAGACCAAGGUGCAGCUGGCAGACGGCCACGACAUCUUCUUCCCUAACCGGCUGGGCCUGAAGACCAUCAAGUACGUUGCAGUGGAAGGAGAUGUCAAGAUCAAAGCCCUCAGAUUUCUCAGAUUAAUCUAGUCCCGGGUCACGGUUGCCUUGUUACAUGUCUGAAUAAAUGCAGCUUGUGCUCUUCAAAACA